AUGGAUGUUCUUGGUACCGCUCGGGCCUAUAUCAAAGAGAUGGUGAAUCUAGCUGGUCCUCAAAUGAAAGUAAUUCUUAUGGAUAAGGAGACGACUACAAUUGUGUCCUGCGCUUUCGCUCAGUCGGAAAUGAUGCAAAAAGAGGUGUACCUCUUUGAGCGUCUCGAUUCUCCAGUUCCUCGUGAACCGAUUAAACACCUAAAAUGCCUGGUUUUUAUUCGACCAACUCCUGACAAUGUACAGCUCUUAUCAACCGAGUUGAGGAAUCCACGAUAUGCCCAGUACUACAUCUAUUUUUCAAAUAUCGUUAGCAAAACUGAUCUGAAGAUGUUAGCUGAAGCUGAUGAGCAUGAGACGGUCAGAGAAGUCCACGAGUUCUUUGUUGAUGGUAUCGCAUUGAGUCCACCGUUGUUCUGUGUGAAUCUGAAGGAAGUUUAUGACCGUUCCUUCAAUCUAACUCCAUCUGCCUUCCUCCGAAUCAAACAAGCUCUUGUUGCGUUGCUUCUGAAUCAAAAGAAGAAGCCUUUGAUAAGGUAUCAACGUUCAUCGGAAGAUUGCAAACGUCUUGCUGAUGACUUGAAUCAGGUUAUGCGCCGCGAGGAGGGCCUGUUCGAUAAUGCGAAGCGGGAUACCGUUCUGUUGAUAAUUGACCGUAGUGAGGACCCUGUCACUCCACUGUUGAACCAAUGGACGUACGAAGCUAUGGUUCAUGAGCUUAUUACAAUCAACAAUAAUCGGGUAGCUGUUGAUAAUCAGAGCAUGGUGCUAAGUGAAUUGCACGACGAAUUCUACGCAAAGAAUGUUUCCUCAAAUUUUGGCGAAAUUGGACAAAAUAUAAAGCUGCUUAUGAACGAGUUCCAACAAAAGUCACAAAUUCACAAAAAUUUGGAAUCUAUAGCGGACAUGAAGAAUUUUGUAGAAGAAUAUCCUCAGUUCAAAAAGAUAUCAGGAACUGUUUCAAAGCAUGUCACGUUAAUGGGUGAACUCAGCAAAAUUGUCGCAAAUCAGAAUUUAUUGGAGAUUUCUGAGGUCGAACAGAGCAUAGUUGCUGAAGGUGAUCAUUCGCGAUGUUUAGAACGAGUCCGUGCCCUUAUCAACCAUCCCAAAACCACAACUUUAAAUGCUCUUCGACUUGUGCUCCUAUACGCCCUUCGAUUCGAAGGAAAUCCGAACAAUGAUCUCAGUGCACUAGUGAACUUGCUGAAGAGGCAUACCGAUGCCGCAAACGUUGUCCGGGCUCUGUUACGGUAUGCGGGUUCUGCUCGAAGGAAAAGUGAUCUUUUUGGGGAAGGUUCAACUAUGGAGAUGACGAAAAGAUUCAUAAAAGGACUGAAAGGUGUGGAGAAUAUUUAUACACAACACGAGCCAUACAUCAAAAGCAUUAUGGAGAACGUGACUAGAGGAAAACUUUCCGAGCAGCAAUAUCCUUAUGUAGCUGGAGACGUAACGAAUGUUCGUCAGGAUAAUUUGAUUAUCUUUAUCGUUGGUGGUGCAACUUUCGAAGAAGCGUUAUUUGUUCGAUCGCAAAAUGAGAAACGCAUGCAAGGUGGUGGAGGACCGGCUGUGACCCUAGCCACAACGUUUAUGCACAACACGACGAGUUUUAUCGAACAGUUCUCAGUUUCGUCGCACUGGGCACGCUAA